UUCGUUGAGGCGAAUGUCGGCGCAGGAAGGAGCUUCAGCACGGUUUGUUUACGAACGCUGAGUUUAAAAUGCUUUGUGUGCAAAGGUAAAACGACUUAAAUAGACAAGAAAAAAAAAAUCUAAAACUGCUUUCAACGGAACCGGGCGGCUGGCGGUAUGUACCGAGGCCCUAGGCCGCACCGAGGGACGUAUCCUCCCGCAGAGUCUCGCGGCCCGCCUCCUGCGAGCUCGUUUUCUAGCGCCCCGUACAGCAGUGAGCACGCGCGAGGCAGUAACGGCUAUCCGCAUGGCUACCGUCGGAACCCGGAGCAUCCGAGGAGGCGCUACUCAUCACCGGGGAGAGGCGACGGGCCUCCCAGAGACCACGGACAUAGAUAUACCCCAUCACCCCCACAUGAUGGUCUCCCCAGUGACCAUAGACUUGUUAUAACUGUGGGCAAUGAGUUACCGGGUUUAUCCCAGAGGACAGGAGCAGACAUUCCCUAUGCCAGAGAUUAUUCUCCUCACCAGUCAAACUAUGAGGUCCAUGAUGAGCGAAGUUCAAGCAGGCAUGUUCAAAGCCGUUAUGGGAACCGGGGAUGGAGUCGCAGUCCAGACAAUAUGCACAGCAGAAUUCGACCCCGUAGUAGGAGCCGGAGCCCUGCAGGUUGUCACAGUAGGGCAAUAAACCAAGAACAUAGGAGACCGCGUAGCAGGAGCCAGAGCAGGGGCCGGAGCCGGAGUAGAGGACGGAGCUGGAGCAAAAACAACAAGAGUGUUAAUGAAGGCUCUAGAGAGCUAAAAGGGGCCUAUUUAUGUAAAGAACUGGGGGACAUGGUAAAAAUGCCCACUAAGUCCAUUUUGAAAAAGAAAGUUGACUCCUCCGAAACUGAUUCUCCCAUGAUAGGACAGAUGGAUUUGACUUCACCUGGUCAAUGCGCUUAUUUUCCAGUGUCUAAACAAUCUACAAAUGAUGACCUAGCUUUUCUACGUUCCUCUGGGCCUUCACAUACUGCAUUUAAACGUACUUGCAAUUCAUCAUCAGUGCUCUCUAAUCAGGUUGAUCUUUUCAGAAGACUGAUUAAUGAAGCCUCUACCAGUUCACAUAAGUUAAAUAACAAGGCAAUUGUUUAUGAUCAAAAAAGGUCCAGAGAGAUAAAAGUCCAAAGUUCUACACCGACUUCCCAUUUAUCCCGGUUUUCUCAACACGAUUGUGAGCAGGGAUCCACAAGUGAAAGCUUCUCAACCCAAUCUUCAGCAACAGAGAAAAAGAGUAAUCUUGCAACACAAAUGGAUCGGUUUCUUGGUGCUUUAAAUAAAGGAGAUUCAAAAUUUUUGUCCUCAUUGGUAAAGCAUACUAGAAAAGAUACUGAUAGAGUGGGGAAUCAGAGAAUCCCACAAGAACAGGCAAGGAGAAUAGUGUCUUGUGGUGACAAACUAUAUGACCGAGGUGAAGACAACUCCCCCUUAAUGGGAAGCAAACUGCAUAUGAACCAUGUGUUUGGGCGAGUUGACACUCAGGAUGAUCUACUACCACAUGAAAGAGCUGUGGUAGAUGGCAGUGGCUUUUCCAAAAUUGUUGGAAUGAAAUGUGGUAUUGAAGCAAAGCCUGAGAACCGGAUUCUAUAUAGAGAUGCAAUACCUUCUAGCAGUCAAAGCAGACUUCUAGAAGAGCCGAAAAAGUUUUUGAAAGAAUGUGAUAAAUUUCAACAGUCACAAGAUCGUAUUGAUAUGGCACAUCUGGAGGACUCGUAUGCAGAGGACAGAAAGAGAUACAAAGGACAAAGUGCAGCUAAGAGUUAUAAAAUAGAAGGCAGCCUUAGCCCAGUGCAUCAUAUAUUAGAGGACGCCAAGGAAGACACAGACGAAAAAGCAAACCAGUAUAAAAAAAUUCAGGAUCUACUGCAAACCAUUGGUCUUAAUUUGGACACAACAGAAGUUAGCAAGUUAGCUGAUAGGACAAAUGAGCGUCUAUAUGGCAAGAAAGUUAAACCUAGGAGUUCUCGCUCGUUUGAUAAAAAAAAUGAACCAUUAGUAAGUAGGUAUGAUCGAAGAGGUGGUAGUAACUCCACUGAUUCUGAGGAUGUUGGUUCUGUAUCACCUGCAAAAACCUCUAAUCGUGAGGUUUACAUGAGCAAUUUGGAUUCUUUUAAGAAUCGACUUGAUGAAGUUGCAGUCAGGCAGCGGGAUCUGUCAACCCUUGAAAGGACCAUUAGGGACAUCCCAGAAGCAAAACAGUCUGAUUCAUAUAAAACUAUGCCACUUGUAGCCACACAUGACGCAUACAAACUGCCUGCAGAAGAACCCUUAUUAACUCAGUCUGUUAGUUUGCCAUAUCCUCCGAUAUCCAGUGAAUUCUCCUCAGCUGCACCCAACUUUGAAAACAAGCAAGAUGUUCAGAACUAUAGGUAUACCAUGGGUGAAGAACAAAAUCCCUAUAAAUCGAUUUCUCCAAAUCCUUUGCAUUAUACCACUGGUUAUCCAAUACCACCCUCUCAUCCGAUGUUACCAUCCUCUUUUCCAUCGGGCUAUGCAUAUUAUAGACCACCUGCCAUGCCUUUGUCUAUGAUGCCUCCAAGCCAUGCCCAGUUCUUUCCACCCCCUUUUACUUUUAACGCACCAAAGACUUUUGGUCCCCCUCCAGCUCCUCCUUAUCCACCCCCUUUAGAUCACUUUGGCUUUGCCAUGCAGCCUGGCAGCUCUGGUUUUGUCACGCAGCAGGCUAAGACAAAGGCCACUGUAAAGAACAGGUGUCUCAAAACAAUAGAAACAGUACAAACUCAGGAGUCUGUUAGUUGUAAAAUUUCUGCAGCCAAAGAAGUAGAUUCUGUCAUUAGCAUACAGACAGAAAAAGAACAUAAAGAUACUGAAGAUGAAGCUGAAUCCCAAACCGUGCCUACGAUGGAAGAUGACAUGGAAGCUAAAGGGGAAAAAAAGGGUUGUAGUAAUCCGCUUACUGGUUAAAAAAAAAAAAAAAAAGAAAGAAAACCGUUGAUAGUGAUAUUAACCGGAUGGUACAAAUUGCAUGCUUAUUAUGGAUAAACUGAGAUUUACGGCGGUGUCUCAAGAACAUCAAGUUGGUGAAUGUUGGUAAUAUUAUACUUUCAUUGUAACCAGCUUUUUACUUGUGUAACAACCCUUUUUACUUAUGGAUCCUGUCAAAAUCAGUUAGGUUAUAUUGGAAGCUCCUGAACUGCCAUUUUCUGUUUAUUCCACUGUUGUUGUUAAGGCCAGUCUGGGCUUCGGCUCUGCUUCUUAGGCACGUUCAGCGACGUUCAGCAACUUGUCUCAAGGCCACUCCAGAAGUUAACAUCUUAAUAUAUACGUCUGUUUGUCCUUCCCUCAAUUCCAAUCGGCCUCUUAUUCCCUGCUGCCAAGCAGUUUUUGAUUUUCAUUUGACUUUUACAGAAGAGUGGUUUUUGUCUAGCCAGAGUGAUUGAUAGAAUAUUUCAGAGACUGUUGUCUUUCCGGCAUGUUUUAACCUCUCCAAGGAGCACCUUUAGGCCUUGUUCACACGGGCGUUAAGUUUUUGGAUAAACGAACGUGCUCUGACCAUCCUAGACGUUUAUGUUGCGUUUUGUAGCGGCGAUCGAUUGACUUUUACACCGGCGUUCGUUUGUCUUUGUCUAACUUCAGCCUGCAGCCCAGAUUGUAGUUUGUGUGUUAACCUGUGGGGGCAGUGUGUCGGGAACUGGAUAUGAAAGUCCACUGCUACUGGGUUCACUCUCUGACUGCACAACGUCGGAUUAAGGGUAGUUUUUUUUGUGGUUUAUGAAGAAAUACGAAAAUUUCUGCAUAUGUUUUUCAACAUUUUAUUUUAUUUUGCCUUUUUUCGCAUUUCCCUAUGUAUAGCAUGUAGGAUCAUGGGAUAUAUCCGGUCCUCAGAAGCGUCAAAUGAACUUGAAGAAAUUUCUAGAAACGGUUUCCUUGCGUUCGUUUGGUUUUGAACGGCAAGAAAAAGCUGCAUGCAACGUUUUUUUGAUGCCGUGUAAACGCGCAGCCGGACAAACGCACGUCAUUGCUUGAUUGCUCACCGGAUGCUACGAACGCAAGAAAAACGCUCGAUUUUAACGCCCGUGUGAACAAGACCUUAGGCUGGUUAUUAGCCAAGCUUUAUGAAGACUCUUAGUGGGUCCAAAACCAUUUUUCACAUCACACAGUGAUGGAGCCCACAGUUCUUCAGGGAACAGUCAUAAGAAUCCGAAAGGGUUUUAUUUCUUCACCCAGAACUGCAUCAACAUAAUUUGAUUGUGGGUGUCUAAAGACAGUUAUUUGGACUGUAUUGCAUACACUACCAGUAAGAUAUUUGGACACACCUUCUUAUUCAUUGUUUUUUCUUUCUUUUUAUUUUUUUCAAUGGUGUAUAUUAAUAGUAAAGACAUGAAAAUUUGGAAAAAACAGAAAAGAAAUUGUGGUCAACAGAAAUGCGUAAAAGUAACCCAGAGUACGUUUUAUAUUUUUGAUUAUUUAAAGUAGCCACCUAUUUGUUUUGAUAACAGCUUUUCACACUUCUUUCACUCAGUCACUCUCAUUAGGCAGUCGCAUGGAAUACUUUUAUUUAUUCCAAGUGACUGUCUCAUGGCUUAAAGGGUUUCCAGAGGCGUUGAGUACUUAUGACUGCUUUUCUCCAGAUCAACUGCCAAACCAUCUCAUAUGUAUGAAAUAUAGUUGAUUCUAUUGGAUGCAUUCUCCUUUUGGAAAACAAUGGUCCCAAUAAGUGUGUCUAACAUGGACAGUUGGAACCAGAAAUCUUAAAUUUGAACUCGUCAGACCAAAGGGCAUUUUUCUAUUGACUUUAUAUCUAUGCCUUGUGUUUCUUGUCCCAAGCAAGUCUUUACUGCUUGUUAUACCUUCUGAUGUAAUGGUUUCUUUACUGCAAUUUGAUCACGAGUGCCAGUCUCUUCUAAAAAGUGAAUGUUAAAGUAUGUUUGCCACUUGAACUCCAAGAAGCAUUAUGUGGGGUCUAUUAUGAGGUGCUGUAAAUUAAAAAUGGUAGUCAUUUUAAUAAACUUAUCCUAUGUGGCAGAGAUAGCUCUUGGUCUUCCUUUCCUGGGACGGUCCUUAUGGAAGCCAGUUUAAUCAUAGCGUUUGAUGCUUUUAGGGACUGCGCUUGCAUUCAAAAUUCUUUUUUUUUUUCAGAUUGACUGACCUUUUUGUCUUAAAGUAAUCAAGGACUGUCUUUUCUCUUUACCUGACUGAGGGGUUUUUGCCAUAGUAUGGAUUUGUACAGUUUAUGUAUUUAAAGAUUUGAGCACCUUGCCAAGAACAAUACAGCGAUAAUGGUCUGAUUAACCACUGGAAGGCACCAGCCCUGCCUUCAGACAGGAGGGGAAAAAAGCGCAAAAGGGGUCAGAGCAAAACCCUGUAUGGCAGUAUUUGCAUCCACCUUACCCCCUUGACAGUAUUGGGUGCCAAUACUGUAGGCUUUUUAAAGACUGUUUGAGAUUCUGAUUAGACAGCGGCUUUUGCAAUAUUCAUUUUGAUGGAGGCUUUUUAGAACAUUUAAUUUACACAUUAAUUCUUUACUUCUUCUGAAAGUCCUUGGUCUGACCUUACAGUUAUCAAAUGUCAGACUAAAGUGCUGUUAGAUUUCAAGUGCUAGAAUUUGAGUCACUGCUAAUUAUGCAAUCUGGUUAAGUUGUUUUUAUGAAAUAAUUCCAACAUUUAACAUUUAUUAGCAAGCCACAAGCUUAACCUCUGUUUAUUUUUUGUUUUGGCAGUGGAUCAGAUCAAAAUAGAUUAAGAAUUCUAAAACAGUAGUAAAAAGAUCCCUAAAACUGUCCAAAGCAAUGUGUUUAAGUCAAGGCCACCAGUUCACCACUCAUUCACACAAGGCCUUCUGGGAACCUUUAAAAUUACAUGAUGUAUAGUAUUGUAAUAUAAAUGUAGUAGUAUAUUUUUCGUGAGUAAUGAAAUAAAUAUUUUCACUUUGCUUAGAGUCAGAAGAAAGUGUUAAAUACUGACCACAAUUUUAAUCAGAGCAAAACCAUCAUACUUGUCCAAGUACACUAAGUUUGAUGCAUGUAUAUUGUUUCUAUUUUUACAGUAACAGUUAUGUGAAGAAAUGUAAAGAAUGUGUGAAUAUGUGCCCACUCCCUUGUGUCCUGGGCUGAGAAGAGGGCCACGUCUUCUGAAAUGGAUAUGCAGCUUGGCAUGGACCCAAACAGUGUAUGGUGUCCAUAUUUGCAUAUGGUGAAAGGACAGGACAUGACAUGGCAACAGCCUCUGCCCCAGCUGCUCCAACUAAAGGACAACUGGCCCAAACCUAAUGUGAUUCUUCUGCAUCUUGGGGGAAAUUAUAUUGGCACAAUGACCUUUGUGUUAGCAGUGAAGCAAGACCUGAUUUCAAUGAAGAGCAUUUUUCUUCAUUGUCACAUUGUUUGGUCAGAGAUCCUGCCAAAUGACAGCACAGCAGUCAACAAUACACUACAGGAGUAGUGUCAACAAAGUAUGUGGUAUUGUGGCAGUGCUUGGGGGCUCUUCUUGGAUCCAUGAAAAUAUAAUGCCUAGACUGGACUCUGGCCUCUACAGACCUGAUGGAGUUCACCUGGUAAAGGGAUUGACACGAAGAAGAGACUUCUGAAAGCUAAAAUGGCCAUUUAAAUAUAAUGGUUAUUAAUAUCUAAAUCAUGCUUAUGUUUUGCAGUAUCUCUUUUGUAUUGUAACGCUACAUUGGAGAAUUCAUUUUUGUAUCUCUUUUAAUAGUAGGGUUGGAUACCACGCUAUGCUUCUCAUAGCUUACAUGCAACUGUAUCUUAUAUCUCUAAUAAAUUAAUUAAAAAGAAAA